AUGCUCUCUUCACGCAUCUCCCGCGCUCUUCCUCGCGCGGCAUUCGCUCGCUCUCCUGCUUCCAGAUUCCCCGUCGCCCGACGAUGGAACUCAACGGAAGGCGAGAAAGUGAAGGGCCAGGUCAUCGGUAUUGAUUUGGGUACCACUAACUCUGCCGUUGCCAUCAUGGAGGGCAAGACCCCUAAGAUCAUUGAGAACGUUGAGGGUGCCCGCACGACCCCCUCUGUUGUCGGUUUCGCCCAGGACGGUGAGCGUCUUGUCGGUAUUGCUGCCAAGCGUCAGGCUGUCGUCAACCCCGAGAACACCCUCUUCGCUACCAAGCGUCUCAUCGGCCGCAAGUUCACCGAUGCUGAGGUCCAGCGCGACAUCAAGGAGGUCCCCUACAAGAUCGUCCAGCACACCAACGGUGACGCCUGGGUCGAGGCCCGUGGCCAGAAAUACUCUCCUUCCCAGAUUGGUGGAUUCGUCCUCAACAAGAUGAAGGAGACCGCCGAGGCCUACCUUGGCAAGUCUGUCAAGAACGCCGUCGUCACUGUUCCUGCCUACUUCAAUGACUCUCAGCGUCAGGCCACCAAGGACGCCGGUCAGAUUGCUGGUCUGAACGUUCUCCGUGUCGUGAACGAGCCCACCGCUGCCGCUCUUGCCUACGGUCUCGAGAAGGAGCAGGACCGCGUUGUCGCUGUCUACGAUCUGGGUGGUGGUACCUUCGAUAUCUCCGUCCUCGAGAUCCAGAAGGGUGUGUUCGAGGUCAAGUCUACCAACGGUGACACCCACCUUGGUGGUGAGGACUUCGAUAUCACCCUUGUUCGCAACAUCGUUGAGAACUUCAAGAAGGAGUCCGGUGUCGACUUGUCCAACGACCGCAUGGCCAUUCAGCGUAUCCGUGAGGCCGCUGAGAAGGCCAAGAUUGAGCUUUCCUCCUCUCUCCAGACCGAGAUCUCUCUUCCCUUCAUCUCCGCUGGCCCCAGCGGUGCUCUCCACAUCAACCAGAAGAUGACCCGUGCUCAGCUCGAGGCUCUCGUUGAACCCCUGAUCAACCGCACUCAGGAGCCCGUUCGCAAGGCCCUCAAGGAUGCUAACCUGAAGUCUAGCGACAUUCAGGACAUCAUCCUGGUCGGUGGUAUGACCCGUAUGCCCAAGGUCACCGAGUCCGUCAAGUCCAUGUUCGGCCGUGACCCCUCCAAGUCCGUCAACCCCGAUGAGGCCGUCGCCAUCGGUGCCGCCGUCCAGGGUGCCGUCCUGGCUGGUGAGACCCUCGGUGGUGUCUUCACCCGUCUGAUCAACCGCAACACCACCAUCCCCACCAAGAAGUCCCAGACUUUCUCCACUGCUGCUGACAUGCAGACCGCCGUCGAGAUCAAGGUUUACCAGGGUGAGCGUGAGCUCGUCAAGGACAACAAGCUCCUCGGUAACUUCCAGCUCGUUGGUAUUCCCCCUGCCCACCGUGGUGUUCCCCAGAUCGAGGUCACCUUCGACAUUGACGCCGACUCCAUCGUCCACGUCCACGCCAAGGACAAGUCCACCAACAAGGACCAGUCCAUCACCAUCGCUUCCGGCUCUGGUCUCUCUGAUGCCGAGAUCCAGAACAUGGUCGACGAGGCCGAGAAGUACGGCGAGGCUGACAAGGAGCGCAAGGCUGCCAUUGAGGCCGCCAACCGCGCUGACAGCGUUCUGAACGAUACCGAGAAGGCCCUUAAGGACUUCGAGGACCGUCUUGACAAGACCGAGGCUGAGUCCAUCCGCGAGAAGAUUGCCACUCUCCGCGAGUUUGUCGCCAAGAGCCAGUCUGGUGAAGGCACCGCUACCGCCGAGGAGCUCAAGGCCAAGGUUGAUGAGCUCCAGACCGCCUCCCUGACCUUGUUCGAUAAGAUGCACAAGGCUCAGAACGAGCAGCAGCAGCAGCAGAGCCAGGAGCAGGGUGAGAACAAGCAGUAA